UCUGACUGUCCGAGUCCGAGGCCGGCCCGUUUUGCGCGCUCUCUCGUCUCGCGUCUCUCUGAGGCGCGCAUACCAAGUUUUCUCGAAAAAAAAUCUCUUUCCCGACAUGCUACAGGCGCCACCCGCCCCGUGAGCUUUCUUCCCCGAGCGCCGGUGCAGAGUCUGCGCGCAGCCGUCGGCCGGGGUGUCUCGGUGUCCUCGAUUUCCGCUUCGCCGGUCUUUCUUCUUGCAACCUGCUCGCCUGUGCAUGCGUCCAGUUUUUCCCUUCGUGGACGGUGACGCGAAUCCGAUUUUCGACCUUCUCCGGGACUUCUGGCGUCCUCUCUCUGCCUCGUAAUCCCUUUUUUCUCGUGCAUUUUCUGUCGUCCUCGCUCUCCAAGUCUCUCCAUCGUACAUCGGAGAGCCUUCUGUUUGCGUGUCUUCCCGCGCUGCUUAAACUGUGUUUUUCGAACUCCCGCUCCGUCCUCCUCCUGUCUCUCGCCUUCCGGUCGUCGCCCUGCGUUCCUUUGUUCUCAUCCGGCGCCUCUUCUCUCUCCUCCCUGGUCGUUCUGUCUCCUCGCUUCGUUUUCUUCCCCUACCGCCUUUGUGUAGUCCUCGGCCUCGAGACUCCGAAAACGCGUCACCCGUUCACAGUCCGUGGUUCACUCACUUCUCUCUUCCGCCCGCCCUUUCCUCUCCCGGUGCUUCGACCUCUGCUUCUCCCCUUCCUCUUCCGCGUUCUCGCUGGCUGCUCUCCUCGUUCGUUUCCGUCUUUCGCCUUUCUUCCAUUCUUUCUUCGCGCCGCAGCAGCCAUGGACUCCCUCGCGUCGCCUUCGCGGCCGGCCUCUCGGGUGUCUGGGCGCGUCUCAGGCGUGAACGCUCCUGGAAAUGAAGAGCGGCGAGAGUCUGGACGAACGUCGUUUUUUCCUUCCGCCUCCCUCGGACAGACGCAAGGCGCGAGCCUCGCGGAAGGCGAGCAUGCAGUCGGCAGCAGCUUGGAGCAGGGCGACGGCCGCGACCCCGCCCGCAUGCAAGACGAAAACUUCGCAAACAUCUUCGUCCACUUUUUGCAGACCUUCCAACACGAAGAGGAAGAGGAAGACGAGGCGGAUGGGGGGAGACUCGCUCCCUCAGCCAUCGCGGACCUGCCCGAAGAAAUUGCAGAGGCCUACUACAUGCGCGCAAUGGCCAGACUCAUUCGCGAGUCUCAUGGAAAUCGAACGCUCGUCGUCCGCUUGGAGCAUGUCGAAAGCUGGCAACCGCAGGGCGCCCCUGUACAGGACGCGGGCAUGCGUCUGGCGGAGCACAUUCGUCGCAACUACAUCAGGAUUCGAAGCCGUCUCCAAGAGUCUUUCCAGCUGCUCAUGGAGAAGCUCGCGGCGCAGAUGAAUGCCCCGCAGUUCUCCUACUUCCUGCAAGUCGUUGGCGCGCAGAAAUAUGUCCACGAAAUCGGCAACAUUCGCUGCAACAUGCUGGGCAGUUUGCUGAGCAUUCGCGGCCAAGUCACCCGCACCACUGACGUUCGCCCCGAACUUCUCAAAGCAGCCUUCAAAUGCCUCGAGUGCGGAACCAUCGAGCCCGAUGUCGAACAGCAAUUCAAAUAUACUCAACCCCGCCAGUGUCGCGGCGUGAACUGCAACAACACGACGAACUGGGAAUUGCUUUUCGAGCGUUGCCGCUACGGUGACUGGCAGAAGAUUCGUUUGCAGGAGCCUUCAAAUGCGUCGGCGUCUUCCUCGGCAGUUCCGAGAUCUCUGGACAUCAUCGCGAGACACGACCUCGUCGACUCGGUCUAUGCCGGAGACGUCGUCGUUGUCUCGGGCGCUCUUGUCGCUCUUCCCGACCUCGCACCUCUCAUGCGUCCCGGCCAGUUGGGCAGACGCGACCGGCCACGACGCAACGAGGCGAGUUUGGGCGUGACGCCUCUGACAGGCUUGAAAGGCCUGGGUGUAAGGGAAAUGAAUUUCCGCAUUUCGCUUCUUGCCGUCGAUGUCCAGACCGAAGGAGAGACGCGGAAGGACUACAUGGAGAGUCAAGAGAACCGUGAAUUCUUCCAAGCCUCAGACUUCCUUAACACGGGAGCCUUCGAGUGGCUGCGCGAAGUCGCCGAAGACCCGCAAACUCUCGACCGUCUUGCCAAGUCCGUCGCGCCUCGAGUUUGGGGAAACGAAGAUAUCAAGAAAGGCAUCCUGCUGCUCAUGACAGGUGGAGUCCCGAAAAGCACGGCGAAUGCGCGACUCAGAGGAGACAUCAACAUGUGCAUCGUCGGAGACCCCUCGACCAGCAAAAGUCAGUUGCUGACUUGGGUAGAACGUUUUUCGCCUCGCGCAGUCUUCGCCUCUGGCAAAGGGAGCACAGCCGCGGGUCUGACGGCUGCAGUUGUGCGAGACGCGGACCAAGGCGAUUUCGUGCUCGAGGCCGGUGCCCUCAUGUACGCCGACCAAGGUAUUUGCUGCAUCGAUGAGUUUGACAAGAUGGACGAGAAAGAUCGGGUUGCGAUUCACGAGGCGAUGGAGCAGCAGACGAUUUCGAUCUCGAAGGCUGGAAUUCAGGCAACGUUGAAUGCACGUGCUUCCGUCUUGGCUGCGUGCAACCCUCGCUUCGGGAGAUACGAUAAGAGCAAGAGCUUUGCGGCGAAUGUAAAUCUUCCGCCGCCUCUUCUUUCUCGUUUUGACCUUUUCUUCACUCUCAUCGACGAGGCCGAUGAAGAGCGCGACAGAGCUGUCUUCGACCACGUGGCGUCGUAUCACUUGACUGACGAUGCGCGUGAGGAAGUCUUGCAGAGACAGAGAGAAGCGGAGAAAGCAGCUGGCCGCGACAGUGUUCUCACUGCGGACGAGCUCCGAGUGUACAUCCAGUGCGCUCAAAAACUCAAGCCUCUCAUGACAGAUGAGGCAAAGGCGAAGCUGGCGGAGACGUACGUUUCUCUUCGCCUGAUGGACGGCCAACCGGGCCUGCAGCAAAACAUGAGAAUGACUGUGCGUCAGCUCGAGUCUCUCAUUCGACUUUCCGAGGCCGUUGCGCGGCUGAAGUUCUCGGACUUUGUGGAAGUUGAACACGUGCAAGAAGCCGUGCAGAUUUUCCGCGCUUCUUUGCAACGGAUCGUGUACACUCGAGAGGUUGUGCUCCUCGAUGAAUCGGAGGAAGAGGCGAAGGAAGGCGACAAGCGUCCAGACGACGGCGAAUCGAGUGCGGCGCCGGGCGCGGAGGCAGACGUGGAGAAGCCGAAACAAAUCCGUAUUUCUCAGCAAGAAUACAGACGCAUCUCUUCACAGAUCGUCGACUGUGUCAUGCAGCUUGGAAGAGAGAAAGAAGCAAGCGGAGAAGUCUUCACUGGAGUCACCAAUUCUGCUGUUAUUGAAUGGUGGCUGGAUGAAAUUCUGAAGUGCGACGAUGUGAACGAACUGGAAGGGUGGGCGCGAAAGCUCCAGCUGAUCAUUCGGCGUCUGAUUGAACAUGAAGGCUACCUUGUGGGGGAACCCGUUCCCGAUGGCCCCGCCGGUGAGCUCCUGCUUCGCGUGCAUCCCAAUGUCCCAGACGACCAGCUGUCUUUGCUUUCUUCCGGAGCGAAUGAGCGAGGCAGCGGCAGCCUGCCGCCUGGCACGAUCGCCUCUUCUUUCGGCUAUCGAUCGUUCGAUGCGGAGGAGACCAGGGGUCAGAGAGAAGAAGAAAUAGAUCAAGAGGCCGACGCCGACCUGCCCAGUGUGGAUUUCGAAAGGCUCGAACAGUAGAACGCCCUGGUGAAGGCGGCGGGCGGGGGAGUCGGAAAGCGAGGCAGGAAGAAAGCAGAGACGAAGAGAAAGCACAGAGGCACGCUUCCCAGUCGAAACGCGGCGAUGAAGACGAAGAAGAGGUGUGCGGAGCGAAUCCGAAACCGCGAGGCGCUUUCAAGGAAGGGCGGUCGACAGACAUGAAGGGUACUCAGUAAUAUUCGUGGGGGAAUGAGAGCACGCGAAGCUGCUUGCGAAGCAUUUAAAACAUGCAAAAGGGGACUUUCUGUUCAGCUGGGCAGCUGCUGAAGAGAAAACGGAGAGCUUGCGAAAAGCAAAGCGAGGAAACUGAAGGGGCGAAAGUUUGUGCUGGUGCCCGCCAUAGAAAUGAGGAGCGGGAAAAGGCUGCUCCCAGAUUGGUCUAGUGUUAGAGUUCAAAUGUUUCAAGCUAUGUGCCUCGUCUUUAUGGACUGAGAAGAUACUGAUGUGCUGCACACGUGCGGAUGCUUCGUUUACAAGAUGUGUAGUCCACAGCGAACGCAUGCGGUUUCCUCAGCAUUUUCUUGUGGGUCGUCUCUGCGGCCCAGGUCUCUACAGGAAAUGGUUUUUUUAUUGACGAUGCAUGUCACCACGUUUCCAUCAAAAACGGGAAACUGAUCAUCUUUCGAAAAGGCUUGAUGCACCGCAAGCCUCUCUGCGGUGAUCCUUGCAGACGCUUGGCGAAACCGUUGCUGUUGAAGUAAGAGUGAAGUGUGUCCGAUGUCUAGUUUCUUGUCUGAAAAACUGUAUGCGGCCCUCCCUUUCUCAACGGAUAUGGGAGUUCCUGAGUAAUCAUGCAAAAAACGAACUCAAGUGUGCUGACCUUCUUCAGCUAAACGUGUUGGCGGUG